GUUGAUCCCAGCUCGAGCUUUGGAUUGGAACUCCGCUCUCGUAGACUCAUAACUUCGACAAAGUACUCGAGGCUUUGAACAACUUUGAAUCAUGUCGACCACAACGAAGCCUAUCUUCGAUGCCAUACUUUUCGAUAUGGACGGGACUCUCAUUGAUUCGACGGCCGGAGUCAUAGGGGCCUGGAAUCUGUUCAAGGAGAAGUAUCCUGGGUUGGACGUCGAGCAGAUCCUCAGCUCUGCGCAUGGGGUCCGAACGGUAGAGAACCUUAGGAUUCAUUGUGGGAUUCAGGAUCCGGCGGAACAGGAGAGAGAAGCCGAACGGUUCGAACGCGCUAUCGUUACUACAUCUAAUGAGAAUGGCCGUGGAGGGAUCAAGCUCCUCCCUGGUGCGAAAGAUGCCAUUGACGCCCUGACGCCGGGAACAUGGACGGUCUGCACCUCUGCCACACGCGCGUAUGCGUCCACAGCACUUCCGAGUGUUGGCGUUACGAUCCCGGAGACGAUUGUCUUUGCGGAGGAUGUAAAACAGGGAAAGCCUGCACCAGACCCCUACCUCCUCGGUGCCCACCGCCUCUCCAAACCUCCCACCUCCUGCCUCGUAGUCGAAGAUGCCCCCGCCGGAGUCCGGUCCGGAAAAGCAGCGGGAUGCAAGACCUUGGGACUGUUGACUACGCAUGGGAAGAGCGAGAUGGAGGCUGCUGGGGCGGAUUGGAUCGUCGAAGAUUUGGCGAGCGUGAAGAUGACGGUUGUGAAUGGGAAAGUGGAGGUUAGCAUUAGGGUUGAUUGAAGAGGAAUGAGGCAUGAGGCCUAAGUCGGCCUCGAACGACGGUCUCAAACUAGACUUUUGUCUGGAUAGAAUUUUAACGAACUUGUGUAGACUUUGCAAGAAUAGAGUUGACAAUAUAGACACCUACACAGGAAUCU